AUGGUUGGGGAGCAGGUUUUGUUGAAAGUCUCAUCCAUAAAGGGUGUGAUGAGGUUUGGGAAGAAAGGCAAGCUCAAUCCUAGGUUCAUCGGUCUCUUCGAGAUCCUAAGCCGUGUGGGGGAGGUAGCCUAUAAGUUGGUUUUGCCUCUAGGUUUGUCUGGCGUUCAUCCAGUUUUUCAUGUCUCUAUCUUGAAGAGAUAUCAUGGUGAUGGUUCCUUUAAUAUUCGUUGGGAUUCAAUCUUGUUGGAUGAGAACAUGUCUUAUGAGGAAGGGCCUAUUGCUAUUCUAAAUACAGAGGUUCAUAAGUUGAGGUCUAAGGAGAUUGCUUCAGUGAAGGCUUAG